CUAGCCGCAGACCUCCGCUCGCCGCCGGCGAUAGAGGCAUCCCCGAGCUCCGCCAUGACCACCAGCAACACCGCCGUCAUCGACAAGCCCACCGUGCAAGAGGAAUCGAGCCAGGGAGUCCUCAGUCGCCGAUGGGAGCUCGUUCCCUUUCGCCGGCCACCACCAGUACCUCGACGUUCGCCGUCGAUUGGGAUCACCACCGACCUCGCCGUCGAGCUGAAUACAAUCACGAAGCCGCUAAUAUUCCUGCUGACGCUUUAGACAAGCUUCCAGACAACUCCCCCAUCGAUGCUUUGUCAUUAGCUCUUGAAUCCAGCAAGCUCAUCCAAGCUCUUCUUCAAAAGAAUAAAGGAGUCAUGUCGAAGAUGCACUCGAUGAUUUUCCCCAAGGCCGAUCAAAACAAAACUCUGGAUCAGCUGGCAAAUGUUUUUGCUGUUGACACAAAGGAGGUUAUCGAGGUAUUCAAAUGUACUUCACACACCUACGACGCUCUUCUAGCUUUUCAACUUAUGAUGGGUCAUGGCUUCAAAGACGAUAUUGAACAAAUGUCCAAGGAACUGCCAAAGGAACAAGAUGGGCAACUUAUCGACUUAAGUGGCCAUAAAGCUUCAAUGCUCAAGUGUGCUCGUCAGCUUCUUGAAUUGGUUUCUGCAAACAAAUCAGCUACUGGCCCAAGAUUUUCAACUCAGACUCAAGCCCCUUGACUUCUUUUUGUUGGAUUGUAACCUUG